GUAGUGACUGAGUCAAACAGUUCACACUCUGCAAGAAAAGCUCCUUACGUAAGCUUCAAUCCUCAUCCUUUCCUUCCUUGUGUUGCUCCUCCUGAAUCACAAUGACUGCAAUUUUCUUUCUCUUCUGUGUUUGUGUCAUCGUAAUCAUAUCGGGGGCCAGCGCUCAGACAUCAUGUGAUAACAACAACGGCAACUACACAGUCAACAGCACUUACUACAACAACCUCAACAUCCUCCUAUCCAGUUUCUCUACCCACGCCGAAAUCAACUACGGUUUCUACAACUUCUCUCAUGGCCAAGGCACGGACAAAGCACACGCCGUUGGGGUCUGCAGAGGGGACCGUACACAGGAAGAAUGCCUCAAAUGUCUCAACGAUUCCAGAGUGACUCUCACAAAGGAAUGUCCAAACCAGAAAGAGGCAAUUGUGUGGGAUGGGGAAUGCUCCUUGCGCUACUCUAACCGCUCCAUAAUUGGCCUCAUGGAGAAUCAACCUACGGUGCUGCUCUAUUUAACGUUGGAAGUAAGGGGUUCGGUUGAGCAAUUCAACGCAACGCUUAAAAGCUUGAUGAGGAAUCUAACACGCACAGCUGCGUCCGGUGACUCUCGUCGUAAGUAUGCUACAGGAAGUGCAUCUGCUCCUGAUUUUCAAACAAUAUACGGUUACACGCAGUGCACGCCUGAUUUGUCUUCCGAAGAUUGCACCAAGUGUUUGGAUGAAGCUGUCUCACAAAUCCCAGAUUGCUGUAGGGGCAGGGCUGGAGGCAAUGUUUUGAAGCCCAGUUGUAGAAUUAGAUUUGACCCUUAUCUCUUCUAUGGACCCACACUCAAGCUAGACACAGAUGCACCACCACCAACAACCACCCCACCACCCUCUCGCUUCACCAACAACACUUCUUUACAUUCGCAAGGAAAGAGCAACACGUCACGAACCAUCAUGGCUAUAGCAGUGCCAGUUGCUAGUGUUGUUUUAGCGUUCAGUCUUUUAUGUAUAUAUCUUAUAGUGAGGAAGCCAGGAAAAGAAAUUGAAAUUGGAAAAAAAGAGGACAGUGACGAUGAAGAUGAAGUUACACUUGCUGAGUCAUUGCAAUUCAAAUUUGAAACCAUCCGAGUUGCCACAAAUGAAUUUGUUGAUUCUAAUAAGCUUGGACAGGGCGGGUUUGGAGCUGUCUACAAAGGUCAGCUUUCCGAUGGACAAUCAAUUGCUGUCAAAAGGUUGUCAAGUGCUUCUGGGCAAGGAGAUACAGAGUUCAAGAAUGAAGUGCUUUUAUUGGCUAAGCUUCAACACCGAAAUUUAGUUAGACUAAUUGGUUUCUGCUUGGAAGGAAGAGAAAGGCUGCUUAUCUAUGAAUUUGUUCCUAACAAAAGUCUUGAUUACUUCAUAUUUGAUCCAAUAAAGAAAACACAGUUGGAUUGGCAAAUGCGCUACCAAAUUAUUAGAGGUAUUACAAGAGGCAUUCUCUAUCUCCAUGAGGAUUCUCAACUACGAAUUAUACACCGAGAUCUCAAAGCAAGCAACAUUCUCCUGGACGAAAACAUGUGUCCUAAGAUAUCAGAUUUUGGGAUGGCAAGACUUUUUCACGUUGAUCAGACUCAAGCAAAUACACAUAGAGUUGUUGGAACCUAUGGAUAUAUGGCUCCUGAGUAUGCAAUAUACGGUCAGUUUUCAACAAAAUCAGAUGUUUUUAGUUACGGUGUGCUGGUUCUUGAGAUUGUAAGUGGCCGAAAAAGCAUUGGUGCUCGUCAUGGGGAGACAGUGGAGGAUCUAUUGAGCUUUACAUGGCGAAACUGGAAGAAUGGAACAAUUACAAAUAUUGUAGACCCCACAUUAAUCAACGGUUCGCGAAAUGAAAUGAUGAGAUGCAUACACAUUGGGUUACUAUGUGUUCAAGAAGAUAUGGCUGCCAGACCAACCAUGGCUUCUGUUGUUCUCAUGCUUAAUAGCUAUUCUAUCACUCUCCCAGUACCUUCUGAACCUGCAUUUGUUGUGAGUAGUAGCACAAGAAGCUUUCCGAACAUGUUGGCAUGGGAGCAUAAUUCAAGGGAAACAGGAUCGACUGAAUCCACAAAUAAAUCAGCUCAAUAUUCAGUAAAUGAGGCUUCAAUUACUGAGCUAUACCCUCGCUAGACUUUGAAACUUAAGUUACCUGCUUAUCUUAAUUUUUUGUUUUGUUCAAUGUUUUGAUUGUAAUGUGAAGCUUAAUUUACAUUCUUCUAAGUGGAAUGAAAAAUUAAUUGUACCUGAAUAACGCAGAUAUUGAUUUUAUGCAGAAUAUUUAUGCUUUGUCUUGGGUUGGCUGGCAUGGUCCCGUUGCUUUUCCUCAUU